CAUGACAAGAUAUCUACACGUAUUCAUAGGUAUCUUUUAAAUAUCAUAGGUACAUUAUCUCUGUAUUUAGAUACACUUACUUUAGGUAUAAAUAUUUGCAUUGAUAAGCAAUAAAGUAAACAACAUUAAAUAAUUUGUUUGACGCAGUUGAGCGCCAACUUUGCUCUAGUGAGGUACAUAUUUUUUUUAAACAUUGAUUAGUUCAAAAUGUCGUCGAAGGUGCAAACCGUGUUAGGAGACGUGAGUCCAGCGGUUUUAGGGCGCACACUGACCCAUGAACAUCUGGCUAUGAACUUCGAGCACUUCUACAGAGAGCCACCAUCUACACUGGCUGGCAAAUUCCAAGCUCCAAGCCUAGAGCUCCAUAGAAUAGGCUUUGUGAGGCAGUACCCAUACAGCUUGAGAUACAACUUGCAGUUAGACGAUGAUGCAGCCCAAAGUGCCGUCACUGAUGAUGUCAUUGAAUACAAAAUUGCUGGAGGAGGAACUAUAGUAGAAAACACAACGGAAGGCUUGAACCGAGAUUUAAAGUUUUACCAGAAUGUGUCAAGAGCCAGCAAUGUCCACAUCGUUGCUGGAACGGGCCAUUACAUAGCGGACUUGCAGAGUGGAGACACCCUGCAGAAAUCUACUGAAGAUGUCUACAACCACAUGCUGCAAGAGCUGACGAAGGGAUGCGUCAAUUUCGAAGGAGUCAAGGCUGGUUUCAUGGGAGAGAUUGCUAGCGUUUGGCCACUGAGAGAUUUUGAACGCAAGGCUAUCAAGGCUGCUGGGGAGUUGCAGCCGCAGGUAAAAUGUGGCGUGAGCUUCCAUCCUCACCGGAAUAAGGAGGCACCCUUCGAAAUCAUACGGCUUUACUUGGAGGCCGGCGGCUCCGCAGACAAAGUCGUCAUGUCGCAUUUGGACCGCACACUACUAGAAGACGAAAUUUUGUUGGAAUUUGCCCAGCUCGGCACAUAUUGCCAGUUCGAUUUGUUCGGCACUGAAGUCUCCUACUACCAACUUGAGGUCACCACGGACAUGUUGAGCGACGCCCAAAGAAUACAAAAGAUGGCAGCACUUGUGAAAGAGGGCAGAGGAAACAGGAUACUGAUGUCUCACGACAUUCAUACGAAACACAGACUGACUAAAUUCGGCGGCCACGGCUACGCACACAUCAUCAACAACGUGCUGCCAAAGAUGAAAUCCAAGGGAUUCUCGCCGGACCUCAUCGAUAUGAUCACGAUUGAAAACCCGGCGCGAUGGCUGGCUAUUGAAAACUGAAUUAUUUAUAAAGAAUAUUAACACGUUCAAUGCCACCGACACGCCAAGCGUGUUCUUGAGAAUCUCUAUAACUACGACUCGAACACGCCAGGCGUGUCCUAAAUUCUCAGUAUAUUCUCAGGGCGGCGUCGCUAUGAACUUCAAAAAAAUAUUCGUGGCAGUGAACGUGUUAAUAAGAAAAUAAUGUGCCUUAUUUAACUAAAAAUUACGGUUUACUCACGUACAUUAAUGGAGAAAAGCUCUUCAUCAUGAGUAGAAUGCGCAGACAGUAGGCUGUGAGACGUCGCCGCGUGUGUAAACCGUGUUUUUAGUUAAUUUAGUUUGUCUCACGAUAAUUAUUAUAAAAAUGUGCCUUAUGUAUGUUUAAAAUAAUGUAUAUCUAUACUCUAUAGUAAAUUAGUAGAUAAUAUUUAAAGCUGAAGAACAUUGUUUAGCAAAACUAAGGUAGGUUUCGAAAAUAGGCAUUAAUUUAAAUACCUAUACAGCAUUUUAUAUAGCAUGUAUUAAAGACAUUUCAAGUGUAAAUCUUUAAUACAAUUUAAGCAUUUACUUAAAGAAGAACAUGUUUAAUGAAAAUAAAACAAGCAUCUAAUUGAAAA